GAAGUAGUUCUUCCACACGAGCCGCUCCAAACCAUCGUUGUUGGAACGAAGAAAGCGUCUGGCGCUUGUUUAAAGUGUUUACUCUCAGAUAGUUUAUCCAAGACAGCAGCAAUGAGUCUUUUAACCAAGCCUAAAUCGGAGAUGACGCCAGAAGAGUUGCAGAAACGUGAGGAAGAGGAGUUCAACACGGGUCCACUGUCUGUGCUCACACAGUCAGUCAAAAACAACACACAGGUCCUGAUUAACUGUCGCAACAACAAAAAGCUACUGGGGCGAGUCAAGGCAUUUGACAGACAUUGCAACAUGGUCCUGGAAAAUGUAAAAGAAAUGUGGACAGAAGUUCCAAAGAGUGGGAAGGGAAAGAAGAAGUCAAAGCCUGUGAAUAAGGAUCGUUACAUCUCUAAAAUGUUCCUCAGGGGAGACUCGGUCAUUGUCGUUCUGAGAAAUCCUCUCAUCACUGGAAAAUGAACUAUUUACUUCCACAGAACCAGUAUCGAUGCAAAUCUCAAGUUUAAUUUGCAGCAGUCACAAAAUGUUAAAUGCAUUGUAGAAAGUUUGUUUUUAGUUUUGUCAUUUUGAUUUCUCAGAAAAGAAAAAUCUGGUUUUGAUUUCUAAAUGGAUGUUUUCUCUUUUUCAUUUUAGAUAUUAAAAAGGUUGAAAGUAUAA